AUGGGCACCGUCAACCUCCGCGCCCUCACCUCCUGGGUGGGCAUCGCCCGGCUCUUCGCCGUGGUGCUGUCCUGCCUCGCCUUCAGCUUGGUGGCCUCCACCGGGGACUUUGGGGGACCCUACGGGACGUGGUGCAUGUUCACGUGGUGCUUCUGCUUCGCCGUGACCCUGCUGGUGCUGGCGCUGGAGCUGCUGGAGCUCUACCCGGCGCUGCCGCUCUCCUGGGGUGGCCUCACCUCNGCUUUCUCCAUGCUGGCAGCGUUGAUGGUCUUCACCACCUCCGUGGUCUUCCCCUCCACCUUCAUCCCCAGCCCCUGCGGUGGCAGCAAGUGUGCCCGGCAGGCCGUGGCCACCGCUGCCUCCUGCCUCUGCUUCCUUGCCUACGCCCUCGAGGUGGGGCUCACCCGUGCCAAGCCGGGGGACAUCAGCAGCUUCCUCUCCACCGUGCCCGGGCUCCUCAAAGUCUUCGAAGCCUACGUGGCUUGUCUGAUCUUCUCCUUGCUGGAUACCUACGGUUGGACGGCCGGCCUGCAGUGGUGCGUGGCCGUCUAC